UGACAUUUAAUUGAAGAGUUGGAUUUUUCGAAAUUUCCUUAUUAAUCUAAUUUACUCUGUUCAAAUUUUCGUUAUAAUUCAGCAAAGCGUUGAUUACUAUAUUGCUGAAAAAGGUAAAACAGAGAUAUCAGUGCUAUCAGUGUAUGAAUCUGAAGUAGGUUGGUACAUUUACAGUACUGACUCUGUGCAGUUCUAUGAACCUCUCGAAUUGCUUUUAAUGUUGGAAUUGUAGUCAGAGAAAAUACCAUGUCAAUUACGUUAGAUAUUCGGUUGAAACGAGCUAGUAAAAUAUAUCACGAGGGGGAAACAGUGGCAGGACUUAUUUUGCUGCAUACCAAUUCUGACAUAAAACAUGAUGGUGUUUUUCUUACAAUGGAAGGAUCUGUAAAUUUACAAUUGAGUUCUAAGAAUGUUGGAAUUUUCGAAGCAUUCUACAAUUCUGUAAAGCCCAUUCAGUUAGUGCAAUAUACAUUAGAUGUUUUACCAUCUGGUAAAAUACCAAGUGGGAAAACAGAAAUACCAUUUGAACUGCCAUUAAAACCUCGUGGUAGUAAACUGCUCUAUGAAACUUACCACGGAGUAUUUGUUAAUAUACAGUAUUUGAUUCGAUGUGACAUAAAGCGGAGUUUUCUGGCAAAAGACUUAAGUAAAUCAUUAGAAUUUAUAGUAGAGGAUAAAUUUAAUCCACAAACGGAGAAGCACCACAGCAAAAUUGUAUUCUUCAAAAUAAUGCCAGAGUCAUUACAAGCUACCAGAGAACGAACCAAUGUACCUAGGUUUUAUAUAACUGGGCGUUUAGAUUCUUUGUACUGUAAACUAUCAGAACCAUUGACUGGAGAGUUAAUGAUUGAACAGACUGAAAUUCCGAUAAAGUCUAUUGAAUUGCAACUGGUGAGGGUAGAGACGUGUGGGUGCGUUGAAGGAUAUUCACGAGAUGCUACAGAAAUACAAAAUAUACAAAUUGGAGAAGGAAAUGUAUGCACAGGACUUGGCAUACCGAUUUAUAUGAUAUUCCCACGAUUAUUUACAUGCCCUACACUUAGUACAAGUAAUUUUAAAGUUGAAUUUGAAGUCAACUUAAUUGUUGUAUUUGAAGACGAUUAUUUGGUGACUGAAAACUUUCCUAUCAUCCUUUCUAGACAUUAGUAAUACAAGAAAAUAAAAUAUUAACACUGUUAUUGUUACUAUCAAAUUACCUAAUUGGGAAUUAUAGUAAAUCAGAAUAAUAUUAAGUAUUUAGUACAUUGCUAUUAUAAUACUGGUAAUUAUGUGCGUUUGUAUAAAUUUAUAUUAAAAAUA